AUGUCCAGGCUGAUGGAGGUAAGAAAAUUGAUUGUCUGUUAGUCAUAGUAUUAGUUUAGUGAAGGUUGCUUUUUCUUAAUACAAUUGAAGGGUUUUCUGAAAAGAGGUAUAAUUUGCUUAUCAAUUAAACUCAUCGCUAAUGAUGAGCUUGGGAGCAGGUGCCUUAAAGGCUAGUAGAGGGCCAAAUGCAAUAAGCAGAGAGGAGGUAUCCAUGGCAAAUUACAAAUGGCAAAAGCAAAUUACACCCGUUUUUCAGGAAACGCUCCAAUUGUAUCUUCACUCUUAGAGCUACCUGAAAGGUUUGAGGUUAAUGAGAAAAACGUUUGAGUUGUGGUUCUGAAUUUGUUGGUGAAGAAGUAAUGAUCAGAUCAUGUCAGACUCUGGAUCAGUGAAGUUGUGAUUUUAGCCCAGGUUACAUUGUAUCUGUUCCACCACUUGAUUUUCUUAGACAAGGAAACAUUUCUCUAUUUAUGUACGUUCACCCAGAUCAUUUGUUUUGUGUUUAAUGGCAACAUACAGCUGUACUGCUGGAGGCAAUGCUGUGGUAGAUAGGGUUAUAUACAUUAUGCUUGAAAAUUUGAGCAUUACCCUUAAAACAACAGCAUUAUGCCUAAAAUUAAAUUAUGCUUGAAAAGUAGCAUUAUGCUUGACUGAUCUUGGCUGUAUUUGAAGCCAUUUUCCAUCCCCGCAGAUAUGAAUACAACAUUUUAUUACAUCAAAUACAAAUUUCAAACUGAUGAAUAUACAAUUAGCCAGUCUUAGCAGCCAAACAAAGUGAUGCAACAGUGCAACAACACAUUGAAAGUAGCAAAUCACUAAAAGCACUUGAAAGUAAAAAUGUCUCAGUACAGUUGUGGUAAUAAUUAUUAUUAUCAUUUUUAUAUUAUCAUUCUCUUUACGCUGAAAAGUGGCCAUUAUUCUGGUAUUAAUUGAUGCACCAACUAUAGCAUUAUGCCCAAAAUUAUGCUGGCAUAAUGUACCUAACCGGGCUUAGUGGUGGACUUAAGCAUCCCAUUUCAUGGGGGUUAGGGGGAUGUGUGGAGUUCUGAUACUCCAUGGUGCUUCAUGCUUCUCCAAUCAAGAUACACCCUAGCUUACUGUGCAGGCCCUUUGGCUUGUUAUAAGUAUCUCUCCCAUCCACGCAUGGGAGUGGACUAUCAUCCAACCCAAGGAGGGGGAAGGGGUGGAGUCGUUAUAUUCCUUUCAUGUUGCUUCACACUUCUCCAAUCAAGAUGAGCUCUUGCUGUGCAGGCUCUUUGGCUUGUUUUAGCUACCUCUCUUGUCCACGGGGGUAGACUACCAUCCAAUCCAUUAAGAGGAGAGGGGGUGGGGGUGGAGUUGUAAUAUUCGCUCCAUGGUGCUUUAUGCUUCACCAUUGCUUUGCAGGCCCUUUAGCUUGUUUUAGGUACAUCUUUUGGAAUGUUGAAAAUGAACAACUAAACUUGCUGACCCCCCCCCCCAUUCCCCACCCCUGGACUCAAGAAAUUAUGUGGGUAAUUGAUAUAUGUACAGUCCUCACCUAUCAGUGUGCUACAACAGUCUAAGCAGAUGCAGAAAGGCGUUGUCAAGACACUCUUAGCAAAGUACCUCAUCUCAGUCAAAUUUACAUGAAAGACAAUAAUUAUUAUCCUUGAGUUUUUUAACUUACAUUGUGUAAUUACAGUUUGUAUUAAUUUAGUAAUGCGUCUUAAUGUUACUCUUCUUUAGGAUUUGUCAUCCUUUCCUAACACAGCCUCUACAUCACAGGAAGACCACGAAAGCCAUUCAGGAUCCACCUCCUCCAGUAAACUGAGAGUAACUCUGUUAAGCAGUGAAUGGAGAUCAACAAAAGGAGGCUUGUCAACCAUCAACCGAGAACUGGCCAUUCAGUUGGCUAAACACCCCAGCGUGGAGGUCACCGUUUAUCUCCCUCAGUGUAGUGAAGAAGAUAAACAAGUCGCUGCAAGUCAUAAUGUCCAAAUCGUUUUAGCAGAAAAAAGGCCAGGUCUAGAACCAGAACUAUGGUUGUCUUGUCUGCCAAAAGACCAUGUUGUGGAUUGUGUGAUAGGACACGGGGCUGUUCUUGGUCGGCAAGUGCAGAUUAUAAAACACCACCAUCAUUGCAAGUGGAUUCAGAUCGUUCAUACCGCUCCAGAGCAACUUGGAAUGUACAAAGAAUAUGAAGAGCACAUUUCCAGGGGUGAGGACAAACACCAGGUUGAGGUUGAACUCUGUAAAUUAGCUGAUCAAGUUGCAGCAGUUGGACCCAAGCUGGCUGAAGUAUUCUCAGGUUAUCUGCGUCCUUGUGGGAAAGAUCAAGAUGUUCUUAAUUUUACCCCAGGAAUUUUCUCUGAGUUUGCAGAUGUAAACCAAGCCACUGAAGAAAGAAAGGCAUUCAAUGUUUUGGUCUUUGGACGUGGUGACAAUGAAGAUUUCCGGCUGAAGGGAUAUGAUGUUGCUGCCCAAGCCAUUGCUGAGUUGAAAGACAUGACCUACAAACUUGUGUUUGUUGGAGCAACACGGGGGGAAGAAGAGAAAGUAGCAAAAAAGUUAGUCGAGCAAGGCAUUGGUCCUACUCAACUAACCGUGCGUCGGUUUAAUGAAAGCAGAGAGCAGUUGGCCCAGUUAUUUUCUGAAGUAGACCUUGCUAUAAUGCCAUCACGGACCGAGGGAUUCGGGUUGGCUGCCCUUGAAGCUUUAUCUGCUGGUCUGCCUGUGCUGGUCAGUGGAAACUCUGGUCUUGGAGAAGCUUUGAAGAAAGUACCUUUUGCUUCGAGCUGUGUGAUAGAGUCAGAAGAUCCUAGAGAUUGGGCCAAGGCAAUCAAAGCUGUUCGUGAGAAAGACCGAAACUUGAGACUUUUGGAGAUCGAGAUUAUUCGAGAACAAUAUGCAAAGAUGUACAGCUGGCAGGAUCACUGUAAUAGACUUGUGGAACGAAUGCUUGUCAUUUCUCAAGGUAACAGGUUCACUUUGUAAUUCAAAUUGGUCUUGAUAUUGUGUAUUGCUGGCAUUAGGAAAUGUAAGUUCACGUAAUUACGAUGACAACAGAAGUGAAGACCUCACAACGUAAAAUUUGACUAUCUCUUUUAGUAGCUCCAACAGAGAAAUCCGCCUACAUUUGGCAAAUUGUGGGAGUUGUAAAAAAAAUCGCGAUAACAUUGAAGGAACACAUAUUUAAGAUUUUUCUUGACGUCUUAUUCCCAACCCUGAGGCUCGGAAGUAAAUAAUUGUAUCGAUAUUCUUUUGUAGGUUCCAAUGCAGAUGAGCAGAAUUUAUCUGAGGAAGCCGCUGUGAUCUGUCAAGAUGAAAAGCCCUCUUCCUCUGGAAAACGUCUUCAGAAAGGUACACUUGAAUCCUAUUAGAAUCAUGAGCAAUAUGUCCCUAAGAGCAGUUCAUUGUUUUUAUGUAGGAAGGUCUGGUAGAUGUACUUACAGUAUAAGUCUAAUUUGGGCUUAAUGAUUAUUCCUUGUAGGGAGUUUAAAUAACCAAGGAAUGGUUGAAGUAUUGAACAAGACUUAAAUAUUUAAGACUGACUUGCAAGGUCAAAACGUUUUCACACUGGUUACAGGUUAACAACGUGAGAUGCCGACAAGUUAUACUCAAAUACAGCUGUAGGGUAAUGGGACACAGCAUAAGGAAUUUCAUUUUAUCAUAGAGGCUUGGUGGUUUUGUAUGGGUUAUUCUAAGUGAAAUUUUCAGCUUGGGACUUCUAAAUGCUGACCAUUGCCGUGGUGUAGAGGUGAUAAGUAACAAUAGACCUCUUUAGCUUGUAGGUAUUGUUUUCCCAAUGCAGGUCAUGUGUUAAUACUCUAGAGAACUGUUUCUUUCAAAUUACAUCUUGUUCACGUGCAUACUUGUAUCUACGCAUAAAAAGAAGCAAAGGGUCAAGUUCCCCUGGGACCUCUGGGAAAACAAAACGUACAAGCUAAAGAGGACUAUUGAUCGUCCAAUGAUUAUCUGGAUUUCAGAAUCCGGGAAACUUUUGCUUGUCGAAUCUGGAAUUCAGGAAUUUGGUUUCGUGGAAUCCAGAAUCCUGGGCCUUGGAAUUUAACGAUUGGAAUCCUAAAUUCAUUACCUGGAGUCCAGAAUCCACAGCAUGGAAACCAGAAUCCAAGACUGUCUUAAUUGCAAAAUUGACUAGCCUUCCGCGCUGACGUUCUUAGGGGUUCGUCACGCGUUCCUGCCCCAGUGGGACAGGAACGCGUGACGAACCCCUAAGAAGGUCUGCGCGGAAAGCUAUAAAUUGACCUGUCCUGUAUUUUUGUUUGAUUAGUUCAAUUCAACAGAGCUUUGCAGCGUCUGGAAAUUACAAAAUUCAGGGCUCAAAUGCCGGAUAGGCCUUUUUCAAGCUUCUUUAAUAGAAUGGCGACGUUUAGUUCAUGCAAUGUUUUAUUUUAAAAAAUUGCAAAUAUAAUGGAUAUAAAGAUUGAUUCUCAAUGUAUGUGGGUAAAGGUUAUUAUAAUAUUGGGGAGAAUACAAAAACAGUAUUUGAUUGGAUUUUAGGCUCGACAAAGAAACGUCAGUCUUCCAAGAAAGGCAAAAGGCUGUUAUCUUCAAGUAACAUUCCAGCUCCGAAAUACCCAAGGCUACUGAAAGAUGAAGGUAAGGUUUGUUUUUGCUCAAUUUCAAUUAAUCGAACCUAUGACCAUCUGGUUACUGGUCCAGAUGUUCUACCACUGAGCUACAGAAGACUCGUAGGAGCUAAGGCCACUAAACUAGGUUCAUGUGACAAACAUCCUGUACAUUGCUAGGACCGUAUAUUGUAGGACUAUUAGCAUAAACUGCAUCUGAAGUAACACAGAGUGGAUGAUUUUGUGUUCAUUGAUUGAGGCUUUGUAAUGCCCGCUCGCUCUGCUUCAGGUCACUCACUCACGAGGCUUGAGUCGCUGUCACUCGUGCUUGGAGCAAAUUGUACGCUUCUCACGUUUGACUCGCUUUCCUAAUUUCUAACAAGCUUAAUAACACUCUCAAGCUUCAACCUAAAGAGUUAAGAAUUUUUGAUAGUGAAGAGUUUAGUUCCUAACCGCUUUUUUUUUUUUUUUUUUGUUCCUAACUAAGAGGCUUUGAAGCGGGAAAAAUUUUCCUUUUCGUUUUUUUUCUUUUUUUUGGUUAACAAAUUUUUUCACUUAAGUUUAUUAUUUCUUUCUAGAUAGGAAAACAAAACCGGUUUGUGAAUUUUUACGUUUUUCUUCAAUUAAACAACUUUAAGGAAAAGCCGAUGGGAAAUUUUUUUUUUUUUUUUUUUUUUUUUUUUUUUGUGCAUCACUAAGAGACUGUGAAGCGGAAAAAUGUUUCCUUUUCGUUUAUUUGCUUGUUUUUAGUAAAGCAAUUUUUCAUCUGAAGUUUAUUAUCUCUUUCGAGACUGAAAAACAAAACCGUUUUGAGAUUUAUUACGUUUACCUACAUGUAAACACGUUAAUGGAAAACCAAUAAGAGCCAAAUCAUUAAAGUGACAGAAUUUUCAAAGAAAGUAUUUUUCAUAUAAGUGUGGCGGCUGCUUAGAAUUGAUUUCACUCCAAAAUGUCAAAGAAGAUAGUUUCUCCGUGGCUCCGUGAAGAAAGGGAAAAUGUUAAUUAAGGGACGACAGUAAAGAUUUCAAAGUAGCAUUAUUUAUUCUAAAUUAUUUACUCAAAAGUGCUCUGACGAUAAAGAGAAAUUUCGGGCAUUCUACUGAUCAAAUAAUGAGAGGACACAUUUUACAAAUUAACACGUUGUUAGUGUGAAAUCCUGACCAUUAUUUCCCGGUCUUCUUGUUUCCAGCAGGUUGGUUCAUCUCAGUUGUUGUGAAGUUUCUCAAAGCUGAAUACAAAAGGCGCUCUCAUUUAAGACCACUUUUCUGGGAUAGCACUUUUGAGUUGCCACUGUAUGACGUCUACACGAGACUUAAAAUCGUCUCAAGGCGAAAAGCAGACUUCCGGGUACACGACAACGAGGUGAAUGUGUUCGACAUCUUCACAGCUCUUGAUAAAGGUGAGGAUGUUAUGACGCUAGUAGAAGGAAGUCCAGGAAUCGGUAAAACUACGUUUUGCCUUAAACUUGCGUAUGACUGGGCACAUGGAAAAAUCCCCGCGGAGUGUUGUUUUCCCAAAUUCGAGCUGAUGUUGCUUUUGAAAUGUCGAGAUAUACAUAAAGAUAUAAUGGAAACCAUCAGUGAACAACUGUUGCCAGAAGAUACAGAGGAGAGGACCAAAGAGCGGCUGUUUGACUUCAUUAAGGACAUUCAUAACCAGGAGAAAACUUUAAUCAUUUUGGACGGUUUGGAUGAGCUUCCCCAAGGGUCGGAACAAUUUGUAGAUAAACUGCUUCAAAGAAGAAUUUUGUCAUUUUGUUAUGUGUUGGCUACCUCCCGACAAGAAAGGGGAAUUGAUGUACGACGAAAAUAUUGCUUCGAUAUCCUUUUGGAGAUUAAAGGAUUCACAGAAAGUGAUGCUUUUGAGUAUAUCAGAAAACAUUUUAAAAAUGUUGAUCCUUUGCAUUCACCAAAGGGAGAAAGUCUCAUUAAGGAAAUACAAGAAAACACUCUGUUACAUGCCCUGCGAAAUAAUCCUUUAAAUUUACUUCUUCUUUGUGUUAUUUAUGAGGACUAUGAGGGGAAUUUGCCAUCUUCCCGUUCUGAACUUUACCAAGUUAUUGUACUGUGCCUUUUAAGAAGACAUUGCGCUAAACACAAUCUGGAGGCUCCUCAAGACAAUAACGUUUUAGAGAAGCAAUUUGAAGAAAGUAUUCUUGCACUUGGAGAACUAGCUUGGAUGUGUCUGCUGAGUGAUCGCUAUUGCUUUCGUGAAAGUGAAUUAGCCGAGCUUGAAAGAAGAUACAAGGGAUUGGUUUCCCGUCACGUAGGCCUCGUUUACAAGGAGGAAAGUUUGAGGAAGAUAAAGCCUCAACAUGAGUAUUACUUUCUUCACAAGACCUUCCAAGAGUACCUGGCUGCUGCCUUUAUUUCUCACAAGUUGCGAGGACACGAGUUAAGGUUGUUUGAGCAUCUAAGGUUUCAUGAACUAGUGAAAAAGUAUCGGGAAGUGUUUCUUUUUGUGUCUGGUAUACUUGGGAGAGAUGCAAACAUUCUAUUCACUCAGAUUGGUGAGGAGCUGAAAAACAAUGGAGAAUGGGACUGGGUCACUUGCACACAGUCUGGAGUAGUGACGAUGGAUGAGGAUGAUGACGAGGACCAAGGCAGGGAAGCGGCAACUUUCUUUACGAAAAGCUUUAGCGAAAGUGGACAUGCUGAAAAAAUGGCAAAGACUCUUUGUUCCUACAUACCGUUCCCUACGCAUGUUAAGAUUGGCCUUGAUUACGAGGCAGACAAUAUAUAUCACGUUUUAGAGGCCUGCAAAACCUUUGCAAAUGUGCAGAAGCCAGUUCAGCUUACUAUUGUUGAGUCAUAUGUAGGCGCUUUAAGCCAUGAGAGUGUUGUAGAGUCCAUACAAUCCUGCUCGCAGCUUCAGACUCUAAGCAUUUUCAUCCCAGCAAUGGAACCAGAUGUAGCGAAAGCCCUACACAACGGCUUAUCUGGAAACACGACUUUAUCAGAGUUUACUCUACAAGUGAGUGACAGUAUCCAUUAUGACGCAUCAGUUGCUAUCGGUGAAUUGUUAGCAGCACGUAAAGCCUUGAGCAAAGUAACACUUCAACUUGACAGAGUGUGGGGUGAGAAUUGGACAAGUGCUAUUGAACCUGCUUUGUCUGCGGACACUCCUUUGAAGUCUGUGGACCUCCAGGUUCGAGGAUCAUUGAGUGAUACUGCGGUCUAUGGUUUAGGAAAGCUCUUAUCAAAUAAAGCUUUGUCCUCAUUAUCCCUUAAUAUCUUUGGAGAUAUACAAGAAAGGGAAGCUGCCGCUAUUAGCAGAGGAAUUACACGACAAACUGCAGUCAAGUCAUUAGAUCUUAGUGUUAACGGCAGACUUAGUCUCUCUUGUGCAAAUGUCCUAGAAAACAGUCUUCUAGAAAAUCGUUCUUUAAACGAUUUAGUACUGAUUGUCCGUGGAGAGAUUCCUGACAACUGGCAGUCUGUUGUGGAAAAUCUUCGUUCAGUAAAGAAGGGGUCAGUUAGCUGUACUUUUCAUCCAGACCCAGGCAGCAGUGUUACAUGUGAUCAAGUGGCUUAUUUUUGUCCUGCUGUGGUAGAGAAAGGGUUGGAAACAAAACAACACUUAACUGUGGUCAUUUGGGGAGAGCUGAAAUGUGAUGGAGCAGAAGCUUUAUGUGAGGUCUUGGUGCGUGCCCCCCUGACAAGCCUGACAUUGAAAUUGUAUGGAAAAUUAAGUGAUGGUUUUGCUACCAUUAUUGAAAGAUAUGCCAGAGGACAAAAUACAUUACACUCCCUAACAAUCGACAUUUGGGACGAUUUGACCUCAGGGACAAAAACUGUACUUCAGGAACUAUCACGAAACAACGAAACUGUUCAGUUGAAAUUGCACGGCGUCAGAGUUGUUCCUAAGGAAGCGUGCAAUGCUCUUGAUGUCUGUAUUGACAAUUCUGCAUCACUGACACCAGUGUUCUCUGAAGUAAAGAAUACCAGAAAGGAGAGGAUCAAUCUUAAAAUAAUUAACGACGAUGAAGUAAUUAGUGACUGGCCACGUUUGCUAGGUGAUGCUUUGGCAGGUACCACAUCACUAACCACGCUGGAUCUUACAGUGAGCAACUACACAAUGAAUCCAGGAAUUUGGAAAUACCUCGGGGAUAGUUUGCUGCGAAGUUCUUCAUUAACAGUCUUAAGUCUUACAAUCAGCAACUACAGUAACAUGGCAGAAGGCUGGGAAUGCACGCUGGUCAACAGCUUGGCUAAAAUGGCGUCAUUAACUACACUUAGUCUCUCAAUUGACGAUCGUGGUGGGGAGGAGAAAUUUGGAGAAGAUUUGAUGGCAGUGAAGUCCUUGUCUACACUUUCCGUCGUAAUCAACGGUAGUAAGUUAACUUACUUUUGGGGUAAAUUUCUGAGAAAAUGUUUAGAUGAAUGCAAUUUACUAACAAAACUCUGCCUUACAAGCAACGACUACACUGAACCUGAAUAUAAACCUUACGAUGCCACCCUCUUGAUCGAUUCAAUAGAAAAACCUGUGAGUUGGCUAGAAGGUCUCAGGUUUGGACUGCCAAGUACCUCAUCUUUAAAGGAACUGGUCAUUACGAUUAACCACGUCACCCGUACUUUUUUUCAUUAUUUUGGUUCGAUAGCGAUUUUAAUUGAAGGA